GAAAGUUAAAUGCGCGGCAGAAGGUGUUCGCGCGUCGAGCUAUCUAGUUGGCUUUUGUGCUACUGAGUCAGUUAUUUGGCUUGUUUUUUUUAUUAUAACGUAAUAAUUGUGAAUUUAUGGUAUUAUUAAGAGUGAAUUAAACUUUAUCAACAAUACUAAUAUUUAAUUAAAUAAUUAUUAUUAUUGUUUAUUUAAAUAAUUAUAAUUGUUCGAGUUUAUUUGUAGAAAUACAAAAAGUACGAAUUUAACGGAUCAGUGGUUUAUUUUGUAAAGUGUUUAUUUUUUAUACAUAAUAAUUAUUUAUAUUUAAUAAUAAAUAAUGUGUUCAAUUAUGAAGAAAGAGCAAUUGAGCAUCAUGAGGAUCAUCGUCGGGAGUUUUGCGGUUUUACUUCUCGUCUCUGCUGUACAAGGAAACGCAGAGAACGUAGUUGAAAUAGUGCCAAGAGGACAAGUUGCUGUUCGAGUUGGCGAAAGCUUGAGAAUCAUGUGCCGAGUUGGGCAGCCGGUUCAAUUUUGUCGAGUUGAAAUUCCUAGUCAAAGAAGCAUGGUUUUGCAACCGAAUCAGAAUGCAAAUGACGGCAUUGAGUAUUACGGAGAAGGAUUGCAGACUGGACAAUGUGGUGUUUAUAUUCAUCAUGUUAAAGAAGAAUAUAAUGGUACAUUCAAGUGUGGUAUUAUUACUAACGGUAAUCGACAGGAAAUUAACAAUAGUUUGGACAUCAUCGUUGCCAAACCACCAAAACACAUUCAAUUGCUAUUGAGUCCUGGAAGACUAUCUGGCAGAGAUAUUUACAAAAACGGAGAGAAACUUGAAAUAAGUUGCAGCGCAUUAGCCGGUCGUCCUGCUGCCAAUGUAUCUUUAUAUCUGGAUGAUCAACCACUGGGGAGAGACUUCGAGCCAACUGUUUACAAUACAAACGUCAACGACGAGUCGCUUUCUGUCCAAAAUGUUUCUUAUGCUCUCAAGUGGAGUGACAACGGGAAAAUGAUUAGAUGCGUAGCCCAACACAUUGCUUUGGACCGACCACAGGAAACUAAACGUCAGCUUGAAGUUCACUUUGCACCCCAACCACUUCCGACUGUCGAAUUAUUCGGCUACGCAAUUGGUCGUCCAGGAACAAUAAACGUAACAUUGAAUGCCCAUCCACGACCACGUUUCACCUGGUACAUAAACGGCGAAAAAAUAAACGAAGGAAGCCCAGAUGCGAGCAAUCGCUUGCAAUCAUCAACUGCCGUUGAAGUGGCCAAAGGCGUGUAUCAAGUUGAACUUAAGAUCGACAGUGUACAAAAGUCUGAUACGGAAAAAGAAUAUAAAUUGGAAGCACGUAAUGAUGAAGGAGCUGAAGAAUAUCGUAUUCGACUUUCAACGAGUGCUGAACCUGAAGGAGUUGAUUUAGAUGCAGGAUACAUUAUCGGAAUCGUUGUAGGAAUUUUAGUGAUACUCUUACUCGCCUUCUUGAUAAUUUUCGCCCGAGCGACUGGACGCUGGUGUUUUGCAGCGAGACGACGUGGUGAUGAAGAAGCUGCGGGUAAUGCUGGUGCCGGAAGUGAAGCUCACAUAACACCUGGUGAUGAUGACGACGAUGACCACAAUGAUCAGCAUAUUAUUGACGAAAAAAUACCACACGGUGGUCAAGAGAAUCCAAUUCAUGCCAGCACUGAGUACGUUAAUGGACGCACCGAAAUCAAGGAUAUCAAGAGAAAGGAUGAAAAAACCGACACUCCAGUAUAAAUAAUAUUAUAUUAUUUAGUCCCAGCUGAUUCAUCAUUGCACUCGUUAUUGUCACUUGAUGAUAAUAAUAAUUUAAAAAAAAAAAAAAAUAAUAACGACAUAUUUGUAUCUAUUAUAAAGUGCACCACUUUUAAUUAUACUGGAAUUAAUUCCAGACAUAAUAGUUAAGACAAUUAAUAUAUAAGACGUCAUUCUCGUGCAAAUAAUAAUAAUAAAUAAAAUAAAUAAUUUAAUAUAAUUAAUUAAUAAAUAACAAUAUUAUUAAUAGUUAAUAAUAAUUAAGUGUCUGCACGAGAAUGACGUUUUAUUUACUAACGAUCGCGACGAUCUCUUUGUGAUUUUUUUUUUUUAUAAUGAGGCUUUACGAGUAACCAGCCGCCGGAUUUAUAAAUAUUCAAAUUUUAUCAGUAACUUUGUAUUAAUUCAUUUUUCUGAAUUUUUUUUUUUUUUUUUUUUUUCUGUCAACAUUUAAAUAAAGAGCAGAUUUAAUGUUAUCUAAUCGCGAUAGACUGAUUAAGGCAGCUGUUUUUUUAUUUGUAAAUGUGUUCGUAAAAGAGAUCGGGCUACCGCGAUAUUUAAUAUUAAUAUUAAUAUCAAUAUUAUUUUAUUAUAACUAUUAGAUUUAAUUAAUAUUACGUUUAUAAUUUAAUUCUUAAAGCCAAUAGGCAUAUUCCGAGCCUCAGUAAUUUAAUACCAAGAGAUACAAUUCAUUUUGAGAAUUAAAAUUUUUUAGUUCUUUUCUUAUCAUAAUAAUUAUUAAUAUUAUAAAGUAUAAACAAUUAUUUAUAUAUUUUUUUAAUAAUAUUCAUAACCAUUGUAUUUAAGUGAGAUUUAAAUAGAUCUUAAUUGAAAUUAUUGAAUCUCGUUUAACGUAACGUUCAAAAAAUCUCAAUGACUUUGUUUUUCUUCAUCGUAUUUUAAAAUUUAGUGAAAUUUUAUAAAGACAUUAUUGUAAUUUGUGUUGAAUGUGUGUUGUGUGUAUGGUAAAUUUUUUACUCAUAUUUUAGACGAAUCUACAGAUUAAAAAAAAAUUACUUAAUGAAUGGUUGGUUUAUUUUUUUUGUAAAAUCAUUUUUUUGAUGAUUAUUUACCCUGGUAGAUCCAAAUUACGGUAUAUUAUCAUCAUUACCGUAAUUUACAAUAAACGUAAGGCAUUUUAUGGCAAUACUACGGCAUUUUACCGCAACUUUACAGUUGGGGCUGGUAAUUUACGGUGAAAUUGCGGCAAGCAGACGGUAUUUUACCGUAAAUUGAAAAAUCACACUGUAAAAACACUAAAAAUAAACAAGUGUACCGUGCUUACGGUAAAAAUUCCACAAAUUACGGUAAUUUACCGUAAUUCGGAUCCGCCAGGAUAUUAACGAAUAUAAACUGUAUUUUUUUUUUUACAUGGAAACGUUACGUGCACAGUAUUUAUAACACUAAAAAGAAAGGAAACAUAAAAAAAAGUAUUGAUAUAUUGUUAAUCUAAUUAACAAGACAUUCCAUAAUUAUUGUAAUUCUUAAUUAAAAAAAGAAAUUUUGUUUUUUUCUUAUUGUAACUUUGAAGCCUUUUAUUAUCAAUUAUUAUACUGUAACUAUUACUAUUAAUAAUUAUUGCUAUUGUCAUUUACCUUUAAUAAUUUUAUUAUAAUAAUGAUAAAAUAACGAUAACUGCCGUUUUGUAUGUUGUAAAUGGUAAUAAAAAAGAUUUAUUUAAAUAAAUAAAAUAAAACUUUGGUAAAUAAUUUAAAAACAAACUGCCGAUUUUUGAACUACGAAUUUUAUUUAAAUUUAAAAUCAAACAGCUAAAAGUUUAUAAAUAAAAGAGUAGAUUUAAAUUAAUAUCUCACAUUACGUGGACAAUAAUCUUCUUUGUACUUUUGUAAUGUCAUUCAUUUAUCUGCUCAAUUAAAUUAAAAAAAAAAAAAGUUUUAUUUCAUUUAAAUGUCACGUUUAAAUGUAAAUUAGAAUUUUUUUAAAAACUUUGAAUUCAUCAGUGAAAAUUUUUAUUUUUACUUUUAUUGUAAUUGACAGACACGGAAUCACAUUUUUCACUUACAUCAGACACAAAAGACAACGCGACAGAUUCUUUUAAAUUCCAUCAACUCUCCUGGCAAUUCAUGAGCGCAAUUUAAACUUUUGAGUAUUUAAUUCCAUUGGGAAAAUGAUCUCAUGUGUUGGGGGAAAUGAUAAAAUUUUUUUUAAGGAAAAAAAAAAAAAAAAAAACAGAAUCUGUCCGUUAAUUUUUUUAUCUACAUAUAUAUUGUAUAUAAAAUAUUAAAUAUAUAAAUAAAUAAUUAUUAUAAAUACUGUGGUACGAAACCGAAGUAAUAGUGAUAAUUAAUAUAAAUAUGAUUAUAUAUGUCAACGGCAUUGGUUUUGCAAUUUAUUAAUAAUUAAAAAAAAAUCUUAAUUAACAAAUAAAAUUAAUAUUUGCAUUUCAAUUGCCCGUAGACAUGCCGUUAUUCAUAUUUAAAAGUAAAUAUUAAACAAACAUUAAUUAAAUACAGACGAAUUAAGAAAAAAAAAAUUUAUUAGAACUGUUGGUUACGUACUACGAUAUCUAUAUAGAAAAUAAUAAAAGUAAGUAAAGAUUGAUGAUUAAAUAAAGUAACUAUAAUUAAAAAUUUUAGAUAUUUUCAAUUGACACUGUCGUAAAAAAAAAAAAAAACUAAAUAAAUAAUGGAGGUAUAUUAGAUGGAGUUAAAUAUGAAUAAUCAUAAACGUGAUUGAUCAUUAUGAUAAUUGAUAAUUUAAAAAAUAAUAAUUUGAGGUUACAUGAAUUAAAAAUGAUUUUAAAUUAAGAGCGAUGAGAUUUAAGAGCAUCGUGGUUUAAAUUUUGGUACAAAGCAGGGUUGGAAAAGGUUUAAAUUAUUAAAAAAAAAAAAAAAAAAAAAAACAGAUUGAUAAAGAAAUAAAUAAUUAAAUCACUUGAAAAUUUUAUUGUGUAUAAUCUAAGAGUUUAAUUAUUUAUAAAUAUCAAAUAAAUAAUAUUCAAAUAAAUGUUGAAAUUUUAAACAAGUAUCAAAUUUAUUAUAAUAAUAAUAAAUUAAAAUAUGGACUUUUUAAAAAAUCGGUAUGUUUUUAAAAAUACUACACGAAAAAAACUAGACAGUACUGGUUACUGUUCUGCACAGUAAUCGUCAACAAUAUAGGGUAAAAUACAUUUUAAAAUGACUGAUUCAUAUUAGAACAGGAGUGAGUCAUAGUUUCACGUACUAUUACUUUUUAAACAGUAACCAGUACUGUGCUACACAGUACAUCAAACAUAUGAUUUGUUACUGUCAAAAUAGUCGGCAUUAACACCCAGAAUAGUAUUCAGUCCUGUUCUGACAUGAACGGUUACUAAAUUCUAGUGUCUUUACUAUUUUUGACAGAGAAGUCUAUAAUUAAAAUCUGUCAAGUAUAAAUUAUUAAAAUUUCAUUUAAAUCACUAUUAUUUAUUUGUAACUUUUUUUUUAUAACGAAUUAUUAGUUUAAUUAUGAGUUUGUAAAAUGCAUUAAAGCACAUUAACAAAAAACUAUUCAACUAUAGAGAAAGGUUAGAAUAAACCUUUACUGUCAAAAAUAGUAAAAACACUAGAAUUUAGUAACCGUUCAUGUCAGAACAGGACUGAAUACUAUUCUGGAUAUUAAUGGCGACUAUUCUGACAGCAAACAGUUAUAUGUUUGAUGUACUGUGUAGUAUAGUAAUGGUUACUGUUCAAAAAGUAAUAGAACGUUUUAAAGCUAUGACUCACUCCUGUUUUAAUAUGAAUUAGUCAUGUUAAAACGUCUUUUUCUUAUACUGCUCGUCGAUUCUUGUGCAUAACAGUAAUCAAUACUAUCUUGUUUUUCCAUGAUACAUGUCCAAUUACGUAACGAAAAUAAAAUAAACAAAAAAAAAACAUAAUAAUAAUAACACUGCCAAAGGCACCCGAGUACAGAGUGAGUAACGGAUAAGUUUUAAAAUUUUUAAACUCUCCCAAAUUAAAACCGUAUCACUUGAAGUAAAACAUUUAUAAUUUUAUAUUUAUUACUUUUUAUUGAAACGCAAUCUUUUAUAAUUAUAUAUAAUAACUAUAUUUGUUGGAGUGAAUAUAUAUUAUAAAUAAAUAAAUAUAUAUAUUAACUAAUAUAAAUAUAUACAAAUCAAUAAGCUCGGGUAAUUUUCAAUUAGAUAUUAAAGUUAACGUAUUGAAUGUACAAAAUUUAUUAUCGUACAUUACCAUUUAUUUUUUCGUAUUCCAAUUAAUUAAUUAUAAUUAAUUAUUACGAUAAAUUUAUCUACGAGUUUAAAUAAACACGACUAUACUUAACUCAGCUGUUUAAUUACUAUUAAUUAUUAAUAUUGUAAGCUAUAAUUAUUUUUAUAAUAAUUAUAUUAUUAUUAUUAUUAUUAUUAUUAUUAUUAUUAUAUAUCACUCAUUACAUUUAAAUAUAAUAAUAUGUUUAUUCAUAUUUUGGAUGGUCGUGCUAAUUAUUAUUUAUAACCGCAAAUAUGAAGGCGACUUAAAUCGAUUAAUUAAAUAAUAAUGGGGAGAGUGACUCGCUUUAAUAAAUUUAUUAAUUAAAAAAAGAAACUAAAUAAAUAAAAAUAAAGAUUGUAGAAACUCGUACUCAAUUAAUACUGUAUUAAUAAAAGAAUAUAUAUAAAUAAAUAUACAUACAAAAUUAAAAAAAUAUAAAAGCAUGAUCGUUGGCCAUACAAUGGAGUAUACAUGUUUAUCAUAAACCAUAACUUGAAAUAAUAUUAUUAUUAUAAUUAAUAUUUAAUUAAAAAAUUUGAGUAAUUAAUAAAUUAAUUAUUUGGCUACAUGGGAACUCUGGAAAAUAUUUGUAAAUCGAUAAGUUAAUUACUAUAUAUUAAUGAGUAAAUUAUUUAUUAAUUACAUUUAUUUUAUAUAUAUAUGGUAUUGUAUUCUUUAAUUUAUAUAUCCAUAAGUUACUAAUGAGUAAUAAAAUAAUUGCAACCACAUGUUUCGAUAAAAAUCACAAUUUGAGGUAAUUAAUUAAUUAUGAUUUAAUUAUAAACGUCGGAUUUAAUUAUUUGAAAAAUUUAAAUAACUUUUCAUUAGUAAUUAUAGAUACAAUGCAGUAGGCAAAUAAAAAUAACUUAAUUAAAAAGAAAAUCAAUAAUUGUAAUGUUUAAAAUGGAAGUUAAUAUAAA